GUUAGUGCCGCUAUAUAUAAAGCUUAUCAAACCCAUUUGUGAAACACUCAUCACCACAUAUAUCAAUAUUGAUCAUAAAAAAUAAAUAAGAUCAUGAAGAUCUUUAAUCUCUUUUGCAUCAUCCUCACAUUUGGUAUUCUUGGAAAUGUUGUUUCAAGUGUUGAUUCUCUCCCAUAUGAAGCUAUCUUCAACUUUGGUGACUCUAUAAGUGAUACUGGGAAUGCUAUGGCUUUCCAUCGUGACCAUCCCAUGCCUAGCGAUAGUCCUUAUGGCUCAACAUACUUCAAACAUCCAGCUGGGCGUUUGUCGAACGGACGACUUAUCAUAGACUUUAUAGCGGAGGCAUAUGGACUACCAUUUUUGCCAGCAGUAAAAAAUCUUACCAAAGACCAAGACAUCAAGAAAGGAGUGAAUUUUGCAGUUGCUGGUUCCACUGCACUUGAAGAAGAGUUUUUCACAAAUCGUGGAGUUAGGGUACCAGCGACAAAUAACUCAUUAAAUGUUCAACUUGGAUGGUUUAAGGAGCUAAAAUCAUCCCUUUGUAAAAACAAAGAAGAUUGUGAUGUCUACUUCAAAAAAUCAUUAUUUCUUGUUGGAGAGAUAGGUGGAAAUGAUAUUAUUCAGUAUGCUUUCGAUCAGAAAACUAUUGCAGAAAUUCAAGAAAUUAUCCCCAUCAUAGUAGAAGCAAUUACAAAUACUACCUCUGCGUUAAUUGAAGAAGGAGCGAUUGAGCUUGUGGUUCCUGGGAACUUUCCAAUAGGUUGUAAUGCUGCUUUUUUGACAAUGGUUGAUAGUAAGAAGAAAGAAGACUUUGAUGAAUUUGGGUGCUUGAUAGCUUACAAUAAUUUAGUUGAAUACUUUAACGAGCAACUCAAAAAUGCCAUAAAGACAUUACAACAAAAGAAUUCUCAAGCUAAAAUAAUAUAUUUUGACUACUACAAUGAUGCCAAACGUUUAUAUCAAGCACCACAACAAUAUGGCUUUACUUCCGAUAAAAAUGAGAUUUUGAAAGCAUGUUGUGGACUAGAUGGGCCAUACAAUGUCAAUUUUAAUAUUCCAUGUGGAGGGCCAGGUGCGAAAGUUUGUUCAGACACCUCAAAACUAAUAAAUUGGGAUGGAGCUCACUUAACUGAAGCUGCAUAUAGGAUGAUAGCAAAGGGAUUAGUUGAAGGCCCUUUUGCAAUUCCUUCUCUUCAAACUCCACCUUUCAAGAUAGCUUAGAAAUGAGAAUGUUGGAAGAAAAGAAUAUUUAAUGAAUUCAAAAUAGGAGAAGAAUUUAUCUAUGUAAAAAAGAACUCCAAGUUUAUUCCAUAAAUAAAAUUCAAAGUUAUUUUCUAUCUU